CUAGACAAAUAGACAGUACGUUUCGUUUUCUUCUAAUUUUCUUACGCCAACAUAGUGAGAUAACACUCGCCAAACAUGGAGUUUCCUGACCUGCCUACUGCUACUCGACUACCAGGAGUUGAGGAGAUGUGGACUGGUUACAUUGCUACUGGAGGGGAGGUGGCAGUGCUAGUGAUAACAUCGCUUGUUCUAGCUCUAGUGGCGGUGUUUCUUUUCUUUCUGCACAGAUCAAACGUUCUCAUCACAUUCAGCAGAUUAUCUUCGGAGGAUGGUAUCUCUCCUAGUAAACACUCCCUGAUAAUCAGUGGCAUGAUCCCCACACUGUCCCUCUGUUUAACAUGUACUUCAGUGUUACUACCCCGGUCCAGUCUACUUCUACUCUCCUUCAGUAAACUCAGCAGAGUAGCGUGGUGCUACCAGGUGCUGGUGGAAUGUAUCAGAGAGUGUGGAGGUCAGGUCUGUGUCUUCAGACUCACCAGACUCACCCACUCCAACACCUCCAUCAGGGAGUACAAGGGGAGACACAGUACUUUGUCCCUGUCCGUAACUCUCCUAACUGUGGAAGUGUUGUUGGUCUCCACACUUCAUCUCCUCCUUCUCCUCCUCUCCUACAACACCCUCCAGCCUAUCUACCCUCACAACCUUCUCCAGGCAGACACUCUCAUACUCUGCUACUACUCUGGUGUGAGUGUGGCUGCGAUACUGGGGGUUGUGGCUGCUUGUAAGGUGGUUGGAGUGAUGAGUAAACCUUGGAGAGUGGUCGCGGUCGUGAAGGCGGUGUCACUGGUGAUGCUGGUAGGUGAGGCGGUGAUGACGAUGAUGGUAACGGGUGAUGAGUGGAGGGAUUCAGCUGUGGUUUUCUUAACGAGAAACUGUUUGGUGACUGUAUUGAUACAGAGUGUUGAGUUGGUUGUGAUUAUAAUUCUCGGUAAAACUCCGCUGAAGAGAGCAAAACAAAGUGUCCGGUCUGUUAUGAUGGCAGAAACAGAGCUAUCAAUGGGAACAACAAGCCUCGACAACAACACAGGAGGCAUCAAAUUGAGGCUAAACAAAGAAGAUUCAGUAGAACUACUGAGAGCUCUCAACCUGGGAAGGUACCGUUCUGACGAGGGACUGAGAGUGAUGUUAUCUACUGAUCGGUCUAGAAGACACCACAACUCUCUGACAUCUGUAGCUACUGUUUGUUAACGAGCUGAUAGAACUUAAAUUAUGUAAUUAAUGGUUCGGAUAUUAUAUAACAAGAUAUUUCAGUGCAAAUCGAAUGAUGCAUUUUUAUCUUAACUGUUUUCAGAAGGUAUUCCACAUUUGUAUAAUCAUGAAAAUUACCUUUUAAAUCGGUAUCCUACUGUAUAACGAAAACAUAAUAUUUAAUUUAUAUUCACAUGUAAA